AAUAACGAGCCCAAUUCAUUCUUGUGGCCCUUUCCACUUGUUGCGCUUUUUGUUAUCGGUCGACACGUGGUUGUUUCGCAAUUUCACAGCCGGAGUUUCAAUUCCGUCGCGUAGCACGAUACGUUACCCUGGAAUCACGCACCCAUUUGUUUGGUAGAAAAAAUAAGGCCAUAUUUUUUGCGUUGCAUCAGCUAUUAGUAGCUGCUUCGAAAAUUUAAAUUUUGAGUGACUUAAGAUUUGCAGCCUGUUAAAGCAUGGAUCAAAUAGUUGAAGAAAGUGGGGAAGACUCCCAGGCGCCAGAAUCGACGUUCGAGGAUGACCUCAUUCCGAAAGAAAUUUCCGAUGAAUUCUUCGAUGAGAUGUGCUCGAAAGCCAAUCUGACCGUGAAAGACUUGCAGGGAAAUCAGCAAUAUGCUUUGGCAGAGGAUUUCCAGAAGUUGUUGCUCACAAGCCAACAGUUGCGGCAGCAGUUGUUGGACGAGCAGGACAAAAUCGAAAAGAUGCAGGAUGAGGUUGCGGCAGCUGCAGGGCGUGUUGCUCAAGCGUUGGCUAUAUCUCAAAAGGAUCAGGAACAAAUCCAGGCGCUUCGAUCGGAGAUUGAAGAUGCUUGGAGAAGAGCAGAUGCUGCACAAGCUCGAGAACAGACGGCCCAAGAAGCGAUGAAUCAAAUGCGCGAGAAGUUAGAAAAGAUAUCAGCGGAAUCUUCGGAUAGGCAUGGUGACAAGGAUGAUGAUGUAGGAGCUGCAAUGGGCAAACAUAAAGAGAAUAUAUUACGAGAACGAGAUCGUCUGUUCGUUGAGGUUGAGGAGCUUAAUCGUCGGCUUAAUACGCAGCGAGUGUACACGGAAGAGUUGGAUCACAAAUGUAACGAUGCCGAAAAUAAGGUCAAAGAGCUUUACAAAGUCUUGGACGAAACUUCUAACGACGCCUUUCGGGACAAGCGAAUGCUGGAAAAACUUACAAGUUCAGCAUUCUGA